AAAAAAUAUAAAAAGACCCUAAAAUUUUCAACUGUUUCAUUGACUUUUUACAGACAAAAAGAGAUCUCGUAGGUUUUUCAUAAUUUCUAGAAUAUCCAUGACUUGCAUUUCAACUGAUUUGAGUCUUUUUAAUUUCAAUAGCAGAGGAGUGGCUACAGAUUUCCAGUUGGGAAGGCAAGGUUGUAAAUUUAUAGAAUUUAUUUCUAUUGAGUGACCCACUGCAUCAUAGUUGGGGUUACUGAGGGGAGAAGAAAUUUUUUGAAAUACUGUAAAAUGUACUCCAAAUUUAGAGCUACUGCAUAAAAAUUGCAUCAAAAAAGAUGAAUAUAUAAUUGCGUAUAAAAAUGAAACAACCAUGUCUAGUUUACAGUGGUCACAUUUUGUAUUUGAACCAAUUGACUAUGCAGAUGAACCUGUGAAUUUAUCAACGGGCCACCGACUAAUUUACAUAGUAUGAAAUUAAGAAAUUAAGAAAAACAUUUUUGCGCUACGCCUUAAUGUGAAGUUUUAGCCAUAUGACAUUAUUAUAUGCAGUUACAGAGUAGCUAGUUCUCUGUUUCAUUUCCAUUAAUAAUACUGCAUAGAUAGAUCUGUACCAAGAUUUGGCUAGGAUCAAUUCUUAAACAGAUUUCUAACAGUUAGAUAACUUCGAAAUCACUUAGGUAAAAUAUUUCUGUUAUAAAUUAUUCAACACAAAAAUAAUUUAUCUUAGGGACAUACAUUGGUCGAUGUGAUAAACCUCUUCUGAAAUUGACAAAAUAGACAUAGUGCAAAUGUUUAUUAGCACAUUGGAGGAAGAUUGGAAUAAAAAAUAGACGACGUCAUUUUAUAUUUCUAAACCUGAAAAAAGAUUAGAAAGGUGGACUAAAACUUUAGACGGUUACAAACGUUUUGAUGUGUAAAAAAAGGCAUACACAUGGUUGAUAAGAAUAUUUAAGGAAGAAAAAAAAAUUUUUUUAACUUUUUUGUGAGCACCUGGUAAACAUCACCAUAACAACAGAUUGUUUUUUUGACUACCCACAAGCUAACUGAAAAUGAUAAAAAGUCACUAAAUUUGAACUCCUAAGACAACUUAUUACAAAAGGAUUGAAAGGGAGAGGGGACUUCAUUAGCACCCUCUCCCCCGACCUGUGUAGUGUUCAACAUCUGAACUAUUUCAAAUUAUUCUAAAAAAUAAAUUCUAUACAGUAGACACACUCAAAAAAGUCUUUGGACAGAUUUUUUGUUCUUAGAUUUAAUUUAUUCUGUAGCGUUUUAGAAGAUUAAACUAAACGAUACAAUAAUACAAAAACUGUGUCUGUUUGUCUGUAACAGGCGAAGUUGAUUAAACUUUAAAAACUAUAUUCUGUAUUUUACAAAACCUUGUCCACAUUUUUGAUUGGUUAGAAAAAAAUCAUGUGAUAAAAUUAAGUGAUUUGAUUAGAUGGAGAUUAUUAAUAAUAAGGAAAAGUAACAGAUGUUUUUUCCUCAAUUUAAUCCAUGCAAAUUGUUGCCUUUUAAGGUGGGUCUUAUAUGUUUUGCCUACUCACUAUGUCAACUUCCUCCUAAAUGGAUUACUCAGAGUGGAAAUAACAAAACAGUUUGAUUGGCUAGCUUGACUAGUGAAAUAAACCACUUUGAUUGGUGGAAAAUUUAGACAUCCAAUUAAAAUGAUGCAUUGAACUAAAACUUUUUAUAUAUAAAUCAAAACAAAACAGGUUUGUAAAUAAUGGAAUGUGCACACAAAAACAACAGUACAACUUUAUUAAAAAGUAAAUUAACUUUGAUAGAAAGAAAUGUUAAUAUAUAGAUGCUAUUAAAUUUACAAUUGUUAUUUAUAAUUGUCAAUUAGACUCACUUGGAAACCCAAAGACGCGCAAUUACUGUAGGUAAUUACAACAAAAACCCAAGGCGAGAUAAAGAGGUUUUAACAUCACGUUUCAUUUAUUAAAAGCCUUCCGCCAGUAUUCAGGUUGUAAAUGACAAAAAUAAUGUGGUUACCAAUUUGUCUCGUUUGUUUCCUACAAGUUACUUUUACAAAGACAACACAUCCAGAUUGGAAAUGUUAUUUCGCUGACGAUUGGAAAUAUAUUAACCUUGUGGUUGAAAUUGAUAAAAUAAAAAGUAACGUGUCAGACACAGAUGACCUCACACUUCAAUUCAGGGAUUAUGCUAGUGUUCCAUACAUAAAUGGCACAAGGUGCAGUUCUCAAAUUACAAAUACACACUACCAACUUGACUGUUCAAUCCAAGAAACUGCCAAUUUAGCAAGAGAAUUUGAGUCACCACUCUUUCGUGUCAUAAACAAACAGAAUAUUGAGGUAUGGCACAGUGACAAUCGACUGAAUUUAAAUAGUGAGUUGUGUAAAUGCAAAAACUGUCACAGGAUAAAGGAUUUUCGCAUUGUAGAAUUGGAUGAGACAAUAAUCAAAAUCGCAUGGAGAAAAUCUACGUGGGAUGAAGAUUUUGUAUAUAACGUAACUGUGACAAACUUAAAAAACGAAAGUCAAAUCAUUCGUGUACCUGUUAAGGGGUCUUCCAAUAAAUACAAGAAGACAAUUUUUAAUUUGUUACCAUGUACAGCAUACAAAAUAUGUCUUGAACCAGAUGACGAUAACACAAAAAACGCACGUCAAUGUGUUCAAAACAGCACCCUGUGUGGCACGGUGAUAUUGGAUAAUAUAAAUAACAUGACUAUAGAGGUGAAAAUGACCUUAGCAACAUUGGCAGGAUUGAUUGUUGCAUCUCUUAGUAUUAUUAUCUUCUUAAAAUGCAAAGUCCAACAUAAAACAAACAUGAAAGUUGUUUUACCCAGAAAGGAACUUGAAAAUACAAAUGAUUGUAUUGUGUCGCAAAGCGAAUUGCUAGAACAUACGUUUGAUCAUGAUUAUGAAGAAGUUUCAAAGCACUAUCAAGAAAUACAUAAAAGCAAAGAACUUGUAAUUGAUGAUGACAUAGAUGAAGUUUUUGUUGAUACAAACGAUGAUUAUGUGUAUGCUUCAAAUGUAAGUGAAGUGGACUGGUAUUCCGAUACGUACACAGAUGACUACACCAUGGAUGAAACAUACAGUGCAGAAAGAAUCAAAAGUUUCCCGUGAAAAGUUUAAAACAAUACUAUUAUUUAUUCCGCAGUAGAAAAUGGGGCUCGUAUUGCAUAGUUUUACGUAAACAAGACAAGUUGCUACUGUUGUCAAAAAUAAGGCUUCUUUAGUGGCACAUGCCAGACGUUGAAAUACUUUGUUUUCUUUCUUAAACAUAUAUUUAUGUAUAUAUUUUAACUUUCUAAUUAGUUGUCUAGUUUUAAUGCAUACUUUUGAUAAAAAGUUAACCUCCAAUUA